GCUGGCCCCUGUGGAAAUAUAUGUUCCAUAAAGAAGAGAGUUUCCCUUUGUGUGUAUAUAUUAGUAUCUUAGAGCUUGUGUUGUUCUGCACAUAUAUUGAGAGAUAAAGCUGCAGGAAAGGAAUGGAGACAUCCCAGCCUCUUUCUAUUGACAGCUUUUCAUAUAGUUGGCUAGUGAAUAUAAAGCCAUCUCUAGAAAGCUCAGGCAACAACCCGGUUCGGACCUCGAUCGACGCUUCCGACGAAGCUUCGUCGUUCAUCGAGAUGGACCCGAGAAUGCCGCCCUCCAAGAGAUUUUGUAGAAACUCUCAAGAUUUCAAAUUUGACUUCCCUGUCUCGCCGCCUUCUCUUGCAAUUGUACAUGCUGACCAGCUGAUUUCCAAUGGCUGCCUUGUGCCUUUUUUCAUUGAUCCACUCAAAGUUCAGACAUAUGAGGAUGAAGAUGAAGAUUUCAAUCCAAAAUCUUCCCAUACUCAAGAACACGUCCUUCCACUUCCACUUCCACUUCCACUUCCACUUCCAUCCAAUACUUCUGACUGCUCCUCCAUGAGAAAGUGCAGGAAACUAUCCAAGAAAGUAUUGCACAAAUAUUUGAGUUUUUUCAAGCCAUUGUACCAAAGAAUAAGAGGUUAUAAAGCAUCAAGUUCCAAAUCAGAAAAUGUUGCUAGAAGAUCCAAAUCUAUGAAGAAUUGGGAAUAUACAUACGACGUGUCGCCACGAAUCAGUGUAGCUUACACCGCCGAUGAUUGGCGAAGAUCCUGUGAUUCUGAGAGCUCUAUCUAUGAGGCAGUCCUCCAUUGCAAGAAAUCUAUAGGUACAUGAAGCAUGUUACAAUUUGGUCAUCAUCAUUAUCAUUAUGGUUCAGUAUUUUCUAUCAGACCAGAAAUCUAGAAAUGAAAGCAGAGGAUGAGAUCAAUUCAAGACAAACAACCAAAGAAGAGAAAAAUUAAACAUGAAAUGAUAAUGUCCCCUUCUGCUACUAUUUUCAGACCUUUUAACAAUAAACACUUGUUUCGAUACGCCUCUGACCGAGCGGGUUCCUUACGGUAAAUACUCGAAUACCAUGUGAAGUUGAUGAAGAUGAAUAGAACUUUUGUUCUUUACUUGGAGUUCUUUAGAUGAGUUGAACAAUCAAGUGACUCUUUGUUCAUAUUUUUAA